UCGAUCCUGAGAGCAUUGUAGGAGAGGACAUGUUGCAGGCAGAUCAAGGCAGGUUGCGGACAGAAGAGAAAAGGUUGCAGAGAUUGCAGAAAUUUAAGAAACUGAAGGAUGAAGAGUCUGAUGACAGCGACCAGUUGGAUUCAGAUGCAGAUUUCUUUGAUAGUGACAAUGACCCAUUAGAUGGGGAUGAUGACAUCUUUGCUGCAUUUGUGGACCAUGAUGUCAUAGAUGCAAUGAUUACUAGCAAAGGCAAAAAAGUAGUUGAAGUAAAUGAGGAUGGUAAGGACAAGAGGAAGAAGAAGAAGAAGAAAAGUAAAAAGGAAGAUUCUGAUGAGGAGUUGCUUCUUCCAGAUUCAGAUGACGAGAACUUCAAUUUUAAGUUCAAGUCUUUUGCUGAACAUGACAUGGCAGACCCGGAGUUCAAGAUUGGAAUGACUUUUUCAACGGUUGAGCAGUUGAGAGAAGCAAUAUCUGAGUAUAGCAUAAAGAAUAGAGUGGCUUUGCACAAGACUAGAAAUUGUAGAACCAGGGUUGAGGUGGUCUGUGCUGAAGGUUGCCCCUGGUAUUUGUAUGUGACAGAAGACGGCAGGUCCAAGAGCUUGCUUGUGAAGAGAUAUGUUAAUGAGCACACAUGUAGCAGAGAGUGGGCUAUCAAGGCAAUGACUGCUCCCUAUCUUGCCAAAAAAUAUGUGGAAGAAAUAAGAGACAAUGAGAACAUUGAUGCAAAGUCAUUUGGCAAUAAGGUGCAAAAGGACUACAAUUUGGCUCCUGGCAGAAUGAAGCUGCAAAGGGCAAAGAAGAGAGCAAUGGCUAUUAUCAGAGGAGAUGAGGAGAAGCAAUAUAAUUUGCUUUGGGAUUAUGCGGAAGAGAUUAGGAGAUCAAACCCUGGGAGCAGUGUCUUUCUUAAUUUGGAUGCAAAUGGUUUGUUUGAAACUAUGUACUUUUCUCUUGAUGCAUGCAAGAGGGGCUUUCUGGAGGGUUCCAGGCCAAUUCUUUUCUUUGAUGGUUGUCACUUGAAGACAAGGCAUGGUGGUGUUAUGUUGACAACAAUAGGUAUUGACCCUAAUGAUUGUAUCUUCCCAAUUGCCAUGGCUGUGGUAGAUGUAGAGUGCAAAAACAGUUGGAAAUGGUUCAUGAACACUUUGAAGCAUGACCUGAACAUCCACGACCACACAGCAGCCUUUACUCUUAUGUCAGAUAAGCAGAAAGGGCUGAUACUUGCAGUGCAGGAAGAAUUUCCAGACAGUGAACAUAGGUUCUGUGUAAGACAUCUCUACCAAAACUUCAACACGAUUCACAAGGGGGAAGUUUUGAAGAAUCAACUUUGGGCUUGUGCAAGAUCUAGUAACAAGCCACAAUAUGAAAGAAACAUGGACAAAUUGAAGGCUCUGAGUCCUGAAGCAUAUGGAUGGCUUGAUAAGCACCCACCAAACCAAUGGUGUAGGGCUUUCUUUGAUUGUUUAUGUAAGAGUGACACACUCCUCAAUAAUCAUUGUGAAGUGUUCAACAAAUUCUUCUGCAACUUGUAUGUUAGCGUGAGAGGGACAGGGACAGGGAGAGCAAGAGUGAGAGGAGGAGCAACCGAUGGUACUGCUACCCAUGUUGAAGGAAGUAGUGCUACUGCUAGUAGUGUGCAACAAGGAGGAGGGACAAGUGUUGCCCACGCUGCACCAAGAGCAAGAAGAGCGAGAAAAACAAAAAGACCAGUGCCUGGAGGUGAUCAUUGGAAUGGUUAUGAGCACUCAAGAUAGUAUCAGUUGCUCUACAGAAAUAAGUAGAAUGUUUAAGUGCAAGUAUGUGCAACCUGCUUGUAAUGCAAUUUCAAAUGGUUUCAGAACUAUGUUUUGGAAGCUUUUAGAACUACGUGUUGUCACUGUUUAAAAACUAUGGAAUAAGUGCAAGUAUGUGCAACUUGCUUGUAAUACUUUUUCAAACGGGUUACAGAGUGAUGUGUUGGAUGGUUUUAGAACUAUGUGAUCAUUUGGAUAUUUUAAAAACUACGAAUGAUAUUGUCAUUGAAGUCAUGUUCUAUAUAUUUUCUGUAGUGUGGGUGUAUAUUGAAUGUGAGGUUUUGUAUUGUCGUCAAGAUUUAUACAUAUUACUUUGAUAUUCUCUGAAACCCACUGAUUUUAUAUACAUAUUUAACAAUGAUUACGUGAAGAUAUAUAUAGUAGACUGCCUAUUUGAACAUAAAUCACAUCAUGGUGAAUUGGUCUGGAAGCCAACUUCUAACCC